ACGCCGCCACAUUCGCAGAACAAAGUAAUGAGCACGAUGAUUUCCUUGAUGAUGUUCCUGUGCGCGUGUGCGUGCGCCCGAGCAGCGCCGGCGGACGAUCCUAUUCGCGUGGAUCUGCCGGUCUACGAUCAGCCGCAGUCGGGCUCGGAUGUCUACUUGGCGCGCCCGCUGCUGCCCGAAAACUACGACUACCCCAAAAAGGACAACUCCAUCGUUGGCAACCUCCUCUCUCAUAAGCUGAAUGGUGCUUCUACUAUCCUGAGUAGUUCUAAUGUUAAGAGCGGAUCCUUGAACAUCCAGGGCAGCGAGGGCUGGUUCGCGCCGCCGGUGACCUCGCUGGAGGGCGCGCUGCUGGAGACCGAGGGGGUCGGCAGCAAGGCGCUCUCCGUCAAGGACAACCUGCACAGCAUCGUAGCCGGCAUAUUGCAGCCAAAGCCGAUAGUAGACACGAUAAAGGAGGAGGAGAAGUACGGCAACAGCGGCGACAGGUUCUACAGCGCGGGCCGCGCGCUCGUCGGCGGCGCCGAGGGCGUCUCCAACUUUGUCAACUCCAUCAUUGAAGUCCCCGGCUCCAUCCUGAGGAAGAUAACCAAGGCGGCGUCGGAGAAGCUGAACAACCUGGGCGGAAGACUCAUUGGUUUAUAGAAUCACUAAUACGUAAUUUACAUACUUACAUUGUUUUUAUUUUGACAUAAGACAAAAGUAGAAAAAAUAUUGUGGAAGUCAUCUGUAUGGUUGUGAAUGAAAAAGUAAAGUUGAAUUUGUACAUAAUAAUAUAAAUAUAAUCUAAUCUACGCAAAUACGCCACAAUAAAGUUACAUUUAUUGUUGUUACACCUGCUUGAGGCGUAAAAGUAAAUGCUCCCGGACAGGUGAUGCCUACUUGUCAGAGACUUCUCUACCUGACGCAUAGAAAUGAGAAAUCUGACUGUAAUACACCUACGGCGCUGUCGCUUACACAGGUAUGAUAUGUCAUCCAGCUA